GGCCUAAUUCAAGAUCACUGCUCUGACAAAGGAGGGGAAACGCUACCAGCUGGCACCCAGGAGGCGUUCACAUUCAGCUGGAGCUCAGUAACGCCAGCCUUGCCCUGAUGGCGAGGGCAAGUUCAUCAUAUUGAACGCAGAAUGGCCGGCAGUGAUUGGAUGGCAGCUUUCUGAGCCAAUCAGUUGGGUACAUUCUCCCGAAGUACAUCUCGGCCUCUAGUAGGCUUUGGGUUGCCCACAGCAACCGCCAAUGAAAAGCAGGAAAAGCGAUGAGAUGUAACUGCUGAUUGGCAACGAUAGGAAAUGCUUGACUAAACCUUUGCUGUGAUUGGCUACGAUGUCAGCGGCAGUAGGGCGAAGAUUAAAAACUUUUAGCGGGGAAACAAGCUUCUAUAGCUUGGCUGGGCCUUCCUGGGUUCAGGUGAAAGGAUGCCUGGCACAGUGUUUGGAGUGGGGCCAGGAGUAUUCAUCUUAGCACUGCUCUGGGUAUUGACCUUGGUGCUCUGCAUGUUGUUAUCCAGAGCGUCUGGACUCGCUAGGUUUUCUGUUAUUUUGGUUUUCUUGGCUGCUGUGAUCAUCACAUUGGUUCUGCUGCUUUUUCCGCGUGCUGGCGAGUUCUUCGAACCCACUACAGAAGUGAAGAUCGUGGACACCUUCUAUGUGGGCCGUUAUGUUCUGCUCUCCAUUUUAAGCGUGAUUUUCCUCGGCUCUUUGUUCUUGGUUUUGAUUCAGCAUAUCAUGCAACCAGUAUAUGCCAAACCAAUGCGUUCCAGCUCAUAAGAGGACAGCCAUUCAGCAAUACUGCUCUGGCCCAGAGGAAAAUGGAACAUAAAAGCCCUAAGCAAGAGCCUAUUGAAGUCAAAUGGACUUAUGAAAAGGGUAACACUGCAUUGUAAAUUAAAUUAAAUAUUGUCAAUACGGUUGGUUUUAUAAAUAUAUAUUUUUUAAUUUAACUUCA